AUGCCCCGCAAACCUCCACCAGCUGGGUCGUAUUAUGGAGAAUACGACGCAAGAUCAUAUCGGGGUUGGAAUACAACUGAAUAUAGCGAGCCUUCCCGAGAUUCGAGAGAUUCAAGAGACGAACGUGAUCGUGAGAAAGAAUACAGCGACUCGAGUCGAAGUCGCAAAAAGAAAGUAAAGCAAAAGAAAUCUAAACGCAAAGAUCGGUCUAAGGAGAGACACGUUGUUAAUGAUCAGACCCAUGGAAAGCCAAUCGUCGAUUAUGAUGACAUCAGUUCAGACUCGGAAAUAAACACUACUCCUCCUCCAGCUGCACAGUCAUCUCGUUCUCGAGAUCUUCACGAAAUCUCGCCAGCUACUGAACUCCGCAGGUAUAAAUAUGACCGGAGUCAAAGCAAUUCUCCUAUUGUGAUCAGGGACAGUCCUCCUCCAUCGUACUCGAGCUCCUCAAGGAAAACAAAGAAAAGACCUUAUUCACCGGAGCAGGUUCCUCGCGAGUCUAUUAAACAUUAUGCAGAGCCUCCAAGAGCAUAUGCAAAUCCCCCCAAAGCUUACCGAGAUCAUCGGGACUCCAGCCCAGUAGGCAGUCCAAGGAAACGCUAUAGGUCACGGUCACCUAGUCCAUACAACAGAAAAUCAAAAAAUAACAGUACAAGAUAUCCAGAGAAGUAUGACAAGUAUCGUCGAUCUCCUCGUAGUCCCUCUCCAAAUAUUCGCAAUCGCUCGCGGAGAUCAAGAUCUCCUUCAAGAGGCAAGCAUUCCACUUCCAACCGUCAAAGACGAUCUUCCUCUAGAAGUCCCUCUCGAAGCUCGAGCAGUAAACUGGGACAUUCCAGAUACGCUACAAACACACUUGCCGCAGAGCUUUCAAAACAUCGACGUGCAAGGGAGGCUAAAGAAGCAGCCUUACUUGCUGCCAAAGGACGUGAUUCAAAAGAAACUCGAUCUAGCAAUAAAAAUCAUUCCUCUGAAAAGGAUAAACCUGACAGAAAUUCAGUAAAUUCCAGUAAAGGUGAUUAUGUAUCAAGGUCGCCAUCAUAUUCCAAUUCAAGAAGGAGCAGGGUUCCAGAUGAUAUAAAAUCGGAAAUAAUACGAGAGGUGAGGGAAGUAGAGCCAAGAAGGAUAGAACCUCGACGAGAGGAAAUUCGUGUACCCCCAGAGAUUCCUUACCAUCGAGAAGAUAUACGCAAGAUCGAGGAGCGCAGACCAGACUACAGAGAGCACAGACUGGAGCCAGAUUUACCACCCGCUCAUAGGCCAAGUUUACCUCUUCCCCGCAUAUCUCCAGCUGACAAUGGGGGAACCCCCAGUCCAUAUAGGAAGCAGGAACCACACAGGAAGCGAAUAACAGACUUGCCCAUGCCUCCUAUGAUGGAUGACCCUGAACCAGAGUAUGAAAUAGAGCCAGAGCCAACUCCCAAGAGAGAUACGACUCCGCAAUUGGUCCCUAAAGUUAAAAAACCAAAAAUUUGUCAGCAGAGACGCUUGGAUGAGAGAGUAAAGGGUGAUUGGGGGGAGCGAUGUGUGGAUUUGUUCAACAUCAUAGAAAUCAUUGGAGAGGGAACUUAUGGUCAGGUGUACAAAGCGAAAGACACCUUCACAGAUGAAUUGGUGGCCUUGAAGAAGGUGAGGUUAGAGAAUGAGAAAGAGGGAUUUCCUAUCACAGCUGUACGUGAAAUAAAAAUUCUACGGCAGCUGAAUCAUCCCAACAUUGUCAACUUGAAAGAGAUUGUCACUGAUAAGCAGGAUGCUUUAGACUUCAAAAAAGACAAAGGUGCCUUUUAUUUGGUCUUUGAGUACAUGGACCAUGACUUGAUGGGAAUACUAGAGUCAGGAAUGUGUCACCUAAGAGAAGAACAUGUUGCCUCUUUCACCAAACAACUGCUAGAUGGUUUGAACUAUUGUCAUAGAAAGAACUUCUUGCACAGAGACAUCAAGUGUUCCAAUAUAUUGCUGAACAACAGGGGUCAAAUUAAAUUAGGAGACUGGGGAUUGGCCCGCCUGUACGAGGCCGAUGACAAGGACAGAUUAUAUACAAACAAAGUAAUCACCCUGUGGUACAGACCCCCCGAGCUAUUACUGGGAGAGGAGAGAUAUGGGCCUGCUAUCGAUAUCUGGAGCAUUGGCUGUAUAUUGGGUGAGCUGUUCACCAGGAAGCCGAUAUUCCAGGCUAGCCAGGAGUUUGCCCAGUUGGAGCUUAUAAGCAAGACUUGUGGAUCGCCAUGUCCAGCGGUGUGGCCAGAUGUCAUUAAACUGCCAUUAUUCCACACUUACAAACCUAAAAAACAGUACAGACGGAGACUGCGAGAGGAAUUCUCAUUCUUGCCAAAGACUGCCCUAGAUUUAAUGGACCAGAUGUUGGAGUUGGAUCCAUCCAAGAGAAUCACGGCUGAUGCCGCUCUUAUCUGUCCGUGGUUGAGAGAGGUCGACCCUGGGAGAAUACCUCCGCCAGAUUUGCCUAAAGAUCAAGAUUGCCAUGAAAUGUGGUGCAAGAAUAGAAAGAAGCACAUGAAAGAAGCACAAAAGAGAGGAGAGGACAUUUCUUCUUUACAAUCCAACACAUCUAAAGGGAAUGCAGUGAGUUCACAGUCCAGUAUAGGGAAGAUGGAAGGAAAGGAAAUAAGAUCAUCAUCUAGUGAUAGGACAUUGCCUGUGAAGGCAAAAGCAUCAGUGUCGGGGACUAAUAGCACUAGCAAAGCUCCAGUGGGGAUAUUCAACAGGAAAGACAAAGUAAGUGGUACCUCAGGAAUUCCUGGACUAGACGUGGCAACCCAAGAACAGCCAGCGGAGGCACCACCUACUGAGGAUAGGAAGGAGACGGUGGUGGCCCCAGUUAACAAUCAACUGUCGCAGAUGAUAGCUCUUUUACAGAAAGGCAUGUCCGUUCCAGAUGUGGCCAAGAGUGUGAAUGUGACACUGGAUGAACAAACCCAGCAGUUGAUGAGUAAUCUCAAUGCACAACUCAUGCUUGCAGCUCAGCUAUCUAAGGACCAGAGAAUUUCUGAGCCAUCAAGUCACCUGGAAACUGUGAAUCAAGGUCCAUAUUCCUCUGAUGGAUAUCGGCAAGAUUAUGGUAAUCAUAGUACAAGCAAUAUGUUUGGGGGGUCAAAGGGGGAUGGGUCAGGAGAAGGUAAUUCUAAUUUGUACAGUCUGGACAGCAACAACAGUUCAGGCGUAGAAAAUGCAGGAGUGAAGGCAGCCUUGGCACAGCUGUUAGCUCAACAAGGAAUGCGAGUGAGUCUGGGUGGAACAGAAAUCUCAGCAUCUGAAGCAGCCCAUAUGAGCCAAACGGACACCUACAGUAAACCUGAUGGAGGGUACUAUUCCUCUGACAGACCCGACUACAAUAGACCCAGCAGUUAUACAGGGGGAGGAGUUUACCCUGAAGAGGGAUCAAGGGGGAGUUACUCUUCUGUAGGGGACAGCUAUGGCGGGCAAUAUAACCCCCCGAGCAGUGGGUCUGGGGGCUCUGGCUAUUAUGGACAAUAUUCUGGGGAAGGAAGACCACCUCCCAAGUCGUAUUCAGAGGCAGCUCAAGGCGUUUCGAAACCACCCAAAAGUAUACUGAAGAACAAGUCUUCUAGCUCAGCACCUUCUGCAAAGCCAGCUAUGCCUUCCAUGUUGGAUCAAAAUCCAGUAGGCGGGUAUUCCCAACUCCACUCGGGACACAGCGGGAAUCCCAGGGGUGGAAGGGGUGGGUGGAAUUAGUGUAAAGCCAUGUACAGUCAUUUAUGUUCUCGUAGGACGUUUGUUUUCAAAUUCUUAUGCAGUUUGGUGUUAAGUUAGUUGACGGGUGAACGUUGGGGAACACAUGUGUUAGAAUUAAUUUCAUGUAUGAAAGAAUCGUGCAGUUGUAUAGAAAUCUAUGUUAAAAAGGAUUUGCUUGUGUUGGAGAUCUGUGUGUGUGGAAAAAUAUUUGGAAAGGAUGCAUACAUGUUGUUCUUCAGGACAAUUAUAUGGCACAUGGUUUCCAAUCACUGCACUCAAAAUUUAAAGCAUUCUUCCAAGUGCUAAGUGGAGAAAACAAAAGUGAAUGUAGACUGGGUGAUUAUUACAUUAUUAAGACAUAUUGUAUUGGAAUUCAUGGCUUAGAAUGUAUUUAAGCAUGUAAUGCAAGAAAGUUUGGUUGAGAGUUAAGAAAGAAUAGCAGUAUACGUUCCUUUAGUGAGCCCAAUACAUAAAAAAAAAAAAAAAAGAGAUAUUAUUUAUUUAGCGUUUUCCAAGUAGGCAUUGUAAACUCCUUAAACAUGGCUCUGAAAGAAAUAUCCUUAUUUGACGAGUUCUCCUCAACUUCAUAUGGAAAACAGUGAAAGAACUCUAAAAUGUGUGUUAAAUAUGAUUUUAAGGGCACAUUAAUACAUGAAAAAUAUCUUUUGUACACGUGUGAGCUGAAAUAAAAUUUCAACCUGUU